AUGGGUGACCCUGGACUCAUCCCUGGAAUGAUUGGUUACGCCAUUAAUUUGGCUGCAAAUCAUGUUAUUCAGUGCAUCAAUGUUGCCAUCAGAUGCAGAAAAGAGUUGGACGCUCUCAAAGUUCUGCUUCUAAAAAUUCAAGUGAUGAACAUGGAAAUGCAGGAAUAUCGAAAAACUUUAAACUCCGGCAGGGUGAGUACAUCCUUUCACCCUUCUUUAUCCAUGACGGUCAACAGUUGGCUGAACGAAUUAAAUACUCUUGUGGAGGAAGCAUCAGAUUUGGCCCAGGACUGCAUUGUAAACUCAUACUGUCGUUUCUUUCCUCGUUAUAAAACGAGCAGAAAGAUCAGGCAGCUUAUCGAAAACGUGGAAAAGCAUGUAGCUUCCACACCUUCCGUUGCUUUUCUGCAUCAACUACAGGAGCAUGUAGCCAAUCAACAAGUGCUUCAGCAGAUUAAAAACAGAAUGGAUUCUCUUAAUCUGCAUACUUCAGCACUAACCGGCAUAUCUGGAGAUCUGUUUCCAUCUACUUCGUCAGCUGCUCCAUACACGAAGUAUAUUGAGGAGGCACUCAUAGGCGGGCAGGAUUCUGCAUCGACCAGAAUGAAGGAGCUGAUUCAUUCACAGCAGCACAAAAGCGUGUCUCGUUUCGGCCUUCUUGGGAAAGGUGGGGCCGGUAAGACACUACUACUCAAACGGCUCUUCAACAGUGACCAGUUAGGUGUUCCACCAUCAUCAAUCAUCCAGAUGCAAGACUUGACUGCGGCUGACAGCUGGGAAUUGUUUUCAUCCCAUGCUUUUCGACACAGCGAUGGAGUUUUGCCCAUGAGUAUUGACCAAGAAAUUGCGAGGCGCGUUUGCAAGGAGUGCGGAGGGCUUCCAUUAGCCAUAAAGGUUGUCGGGCAGAGGCUGCAGAACGAUGGGACACAGUUGCUUUCAAGCAGCUUGAGAUUAAGCUAUGACGCCUUGGCCGACGUGGCUGGCUAUGGUAUUUCGUUGCAGUUGUGCUUCCUCUACCUCGCUGCUUUCUCAGAAGACGAAGUCAUCCAUACUGGAAUUGCUACUAACCACUGGAUGGGAGAAGGGUUGGUGGCCGGGCCAGACCCCGUCCAAACUGGGGAGAUAUACGUCAAUUUGUUAGCGGAGCGAUGCCUUAUUGAGCCAAUCCAGAAAAGACACGAUGGAAAAGUUAACAAUUUCAGGGUGCAUGAUGUAUUGCGUCAUUUUUUAGCGCACCAAAUUGCUGAAAAAGAGGAAAAUUGCUUCUUCAAGGCACGCAAAGGGCUAAAAGAGUUUCCCGCUGAUGACUGUAGGGGACAUAUCAGAAUUUCAUUAAGGGACAACAGUUUGACCAAGGUUCCAAAGGCAUUUGGAGCUCCCUAUAUCCGCUCCUUGCUACUGGCUGGUAAUACAUCUUUGACGGAAGUUCCAAAAGAAGUAAUUGGGAGUAUGAACGCUCUCAGGGUCCUGGAUUUGUCAAGAAAUGCGCUCCAGUCCUUGCCUAAAAACUUUGGAAGUUUGAAAAAUUUAGUUUCCCUCACAUUAUGCUCUGUGCCAAUAAGGAAACUACCCUACUCUGUCGCUAAUCUUAAAAACCUUCAGAACCUGCAGUGCCUGCCUAAUGGAAUCUCACGUCUUACAUCUAUGGAGUACCUGAAUGCAGGUGGUUCUCGAAAUAUAGUAUGGUAUAAAUGCAGAAGAGGUCGUCUCUCAAUUACUGAUUUGGGCAGCCUAUACCAACUCAAAAGGUUAGUUCUUACAAAUAACGGUGAGAUAAUUCGAGAAGGAAUGCUCGGGAACAUAAAGCAGAUGCAAUCUCUAUUUUUAAAUCUCACCGAGACGGAAUGGCUACCCCAUGACAUGACUGCUAUGUCUAAAUUGAGGACACUCUGGCUAGCUUGUCCUCAAUUAAUCCAAAUGGAGGAUUCCCUUUAUGGAUUUCAAAAUCUGGGCUACCUAAGAUUAUUCAACUGUGCCAAGUUGAAACAACUACCUAAGUUGCAGAAGCUUGAGAAUCUGAGGCACCUACAAAUCGUUAAGUGCCCCAACAUAGAGAAGUUCCCAGACGAAUUUGGCAAGGAAGGAGCAUUUCCCAAGCUAGACGUAUUUUCAAUGGUGGAGGUGGAGAAGAUAGAGCAGCUGCCAAAAGUUGAAGUCGAAGCACUGUCUUCACUCAAAAUAUUCACAAUAAUGAAGUGUGAGGCACUGCAGAGGUUUCCAGAAUGUUAUUGGAAUUUGAAGAGUGUAGAAAAGAUAAGAGUAUAUGGUUGCUGA